AUGGAAACGACAAAGGGUGAUAAGAUAAACAAUCGGUCAGACCCUUCCCCCACGAAGAAGGGCCACUUAAAGGAAGGGUCACCAAAUGCAGUUGCAGUCACAGUCCCACGGCAAAACGACAUUAUUCUGGGCCGCGGAAAGGGCGCCCAAAAUCACCCAGGGAAUAGGAUAAUGCGAAAAACCCUGACUCAAUAUUGGAAGCGGUACGUUGAAGCAAAACAUGGGGUGAAACAGUGCGUCGUCAAGGAGGCGUAUCAUGAACUAGUUCAGGGUGAUAUUCGAUUCUUGAAGCGAGAUGAGAAUGAUCACUGGGUCUUAGUGGACAAAGAGACUGCUCUGUUGAAAGUUGGUCACUGUCUGAGGGGCGCCACCAGGAAAGAGCAGCGACCCCAAUUGAAGCCACAGGCACAGACUGCGAACAUCAACAGUUGCGACGAAGGGGCGAGUCGUCAAGAUCGGAGUGGUACCAGGGGCGACGAAAGGGUGAGUGGUGGUCAACAUCAGAGUGGUAUAUUGGGCGAAUGCUCAACAGAUGAACUAUCCCUCGUCCCACCACCUUUUGGAAACCUCUAUGGUCCUUCUAUUCCGUCGCCCGGGUCGAUAUCACAGUCGCUGUUGUGGCAAGGCAUGCAAAAUCAAUAUCCCAUUGCUCGACAAGAGCUGCCCGGACGGAGCUCACUUCAGAUUCCCAACAUUUUCUCUCGUGCCGAGUUCCUCAGGGCUCAUUCCAGUGUCUCAGCCACACCCGCUGUUGAUGCGGUUCAUCUUGCUCUAAGGGACGAAAUUAUGAAGGAGUUGCAACGAGCGCAGAUGAUGGGCGCCGUGUUACCAUAUUGA